AUGUCUGCCACCGCUCCCCAAGGUCGUCUCCAAGGCAAGAAUGCCAUCGUCACCGGUGCAGGAGGUGGCAUCGGCCUCGAAACAAGCAUCCUCUUUGCCCGCGAAGGCGCCAAUGUGCUCAUGGCCGACAUAUCCCCACCUGCACUCGAGAAAGCGGUCGCGAAGGUGAAAGAGCUCGUCCCAAGCGCGGGCCGCAUCGAGUCGACCAAGUGCGACGUGUCGAAGGAAUCCGACGUGCAGGCCAUGGUCGAGUCGCAGGAUAGCUGGGGCGGCACGGACGUGAUCUUCAACAACGCGGGGAUCAUGCAUGCCGACGACGCCGAUGCCGUGGAUACCCCCGAGAAGAUCUGGGAUCUGACGCAUAACAUCAACGUCAAGGGCGUGUGGUUUGGUUGUAAGCAUACUGUGCAGAGUCUGCGUCGGCAUAAGAAGGCGAGAGGCAGUAUUAUCAACACGGCGAGUGUUGUGGCCCUGGUGGGCAGUGCCACGCCCCAAUUGGCGUACACGGCCAGUAAGGGCGCUGUGCUGGCUCUGACAAGGGAAUUGGCGAUUGUGCAUGCGCGCGAGGGAUUCCGGUUCAAUGCCCUGUGCCCUGCUCCGCUCAACACCCCCCUCCUGCAGGACUGGCUCGGUGACGACCAGCCCAAGCGGCACCGGCGCGAAGUGCACUUCCCGACCGGUCGGUUCGGCGAGGCCAUUGAGCAGGCGCACGCUGUUGUGUUUUUGGCCAGCGACGAGAGCAGCUUUGUCAAUGGGACGGACUUUGUCGUGGAUGGCGGGAUGACCAGGGCGUAUGUGACCCCGGAGGGUCCAGCUGCUCCUGCCCCGCAGAAUCUGGGCCGUUAA